AUGGAGGCUCUUUCCUGUGUUGCUAGUGGCAUGGCUGUUGCCUCCCUAUCAAUACAGCUCAUUGACUCCAUCGUGAUCAUCAAGACCUUCAUUCGUAAUGUCAGGGAUGCACAACAAGAGUUGGAACGCUUGGUGGACUUACUGGAGCGUCUUGAAGCCUUGUUGGAAGACGUCCGCGCCCUGACGGAACGGCAGACAUCAUUACAGGCAGAAAAUUUUCCAAUGCCCUCAAUGACGAUCUUCAAAUGUCUGAAGAGCUGUGAGAAGAUACUUGAGCCAUUCCAUGCGAUGGUCGAUAAGUAUACUCCCGCAACAUCGAAAGCUGGCACACGUAUGAAUAAACUCAAAACCGGAUUGAGGUUCAGUCUCAAGGCAAAGGAUGUUAAAGAUUUUGAAAAGCGAAUCGAGAGAGAAAUCGGAUUUCUAAAUGCCAGCCUUGGUGCGAACUGCGGAGCCAUCUUAAUGCAACUUGGCCCUGUAUUACUCAAAAACCAAAACAACAACGAAGCCACUUGUCCAAGCUAUAUGGAAAUUCCCAUCCCGGACAGCAAAUCUGCGAUUGUAUCCUCUAAAGAGGAUAUGACCUCGUUAUCGACCACGAGAACUACGCGUGCUUCAUCAUCAGUAGUACCAGUCCAUUGGUCACUUCGAAGACUAGGGGUACAUCGGCGGAAAAUAGUUCGACGUAUGCCAGGAAACUUGGAGCAAAGGAGUUCAGGCUCCGAAUAUGACCAUGAACCCAUCGUUUCUGAAGACUAUGAGACAACUUUGCUCUGGAGCGUACUCGGCUACGGACUGACGUGGAUUCAGCGCCGGUCAUUCGGUGUAAUGCUGCCGAGCCUCAGCACAUUUCCGGUGGUUGACGAAUUUCCAAGCGAUAUUGAUUCUGCCAUGGAAAAUGGUGGAAUCCAAGAGUUUCAAGACUUGCUUCAUCGCGGGGUGAUACACCCAUUCUCGCGCGAUUGUUCGGGGAAUUCUUUGCUUCAUCUAGGAGGAGGUUCUCUGCUCAAAAGUCUCUUCAGGCUCUGUUUGAGGAGCGAAACUUCUUUCGAAGUAGGGGGCGAUUUUCUCGAAUGGCUAUCAAACUCAGGAGUCAAUGUGGAGCAGUUUGUCAGUAAUCAGAUUGCAAAUCUUGGUUCGAAAGCCUUGCUCAAAAGCUUGCUUCAUCAUAAUGAUAGAAGAGUUGUAUUUCGAGCUCUUGAAACGGGCGAGUGGGAGCUUGGCUUUGAGUGGGAAUUGGACGAAGAAGCAUGUGGUUAUCUGCUUGUUUCAGAGUACCAGUCCUUGACAGUUGAAGCCAGGUAUGGCCGGGGAUGGCCAUUCUUUGAUUUCAACGAUGGCUGGUGGCCACAGAGAUACAAAGAAUGGGAAGCCAAGCGGAACGUCCACUUCCAACGCCGCAUGGCUGCCAAAGCUCGCAAAGAACGCACACAAAGUGGUCAAAAGAUACCAAGAAGCAAGAUGCCGGGAGCAUGGAUAUACUGA